AUGGCCGGAUCCCCGGAAGACGAGCCCUCCUCUUACUCCUUGACCAAAAACUCGUCCUCGGCAUCCAAUCUCCAGCCGUCCGAGACUUCGCACACGCACCUUUCCUCGCUCGACAAGCCCCAACAUGGCACAAUGAUCACCCACCGCCAACACAGCCGAUCAUGGCUCACCCUGCAAGCCAGAAUCUGGCGCUUCCUGAUGUCCAUCGGCAUGUUCUUUCACACCGUCGGCUGGUCUCAUGGCCCACCACGGCCAUCCUUCGUUCGCCGCAUCCCAUUCAGCACCCGGGGGCGAACGGUCGAUCUGUACUUCUACUGCCCUUCUUCGUAUUGGCAAUACAGAAACAAAUCCCGCCGUCUCUCCUCGCAACGGCCAUUCCCCGUGGUCGUAAACUUCCACGGCGGCGGAUUUACUUUAGGAAGUGCGACGGACGAUUCCUACUGGGCAAAAUGCGUCCUCAAAGAAACCGACGCCGUAUUUGUCUCUGUCCAAUACAGACUUGCGCCUGAACAUCCAUUCCCCGCAGCCGUAGACGACGGCGUCGAAGCUUUGCUGUAUCUCGCCGCGCACGCCGGCGAACUCGGAAUCGACGCAUCCCGCAUCGCGCUGACAGGGUUUUCAUCCGGUGGCAAUCUCGCCAUAACCGUUCCGUUGCGGCUCCAAGACCGACUCAAAAACGACGCGGCCAGCGAUAUCGUCAAUAUCACACCCUUUGACUCCACCCAAAACCUCAUGACCGAAAACCAAGGCAACCUCCAAAUCGUGGCGACAUUCGCAUGGUACCCACUCCUGGACUUUGUAGCCUCUCGCGCCCACCGGCGCGCCAUGAGCGUAAUCCCCGGAAAGACAAUGCCAUCAUUCUUCACCACGCUCUUUGACGAAUCCUACCUACCGGACCAUACCGAGCGCUCGUCCCCCUUCGCCAGCCCCGAACGCGCAACUGACGAAAUGCUUGCCGCGGGUCUACCGCACGACAUCUUUCUGUAUACAUGUGAAUGGGACAUGCUGCUUCAAGAAGGUCAGCGUUUCGUGCGCAGACUCGAGGAUAUGGGUAAAAAGGUGCGCGCAAUGAUGGUUGAGAAAGUGCCGCAUGCGUGGGACAAGUCUCCCAAUCCCUUCCGGGAUCAGGGAAAGAUAAACGUAUUCUACAAAGCAGCUUGUGCGGAGAUGAAGGCUAUUUUUGAUCAUUCUUAA